AUGGGCGGCGACCCAGCCCCGCGUGGCGACUUCGCCGUCCUCACCGACGCCGACCUCGCCGCUUUCCGCGAGAUCCUCGGCGACGACAACGUCCGCACGGACGCCAGAUCCCUGGACGCGUGCAACGAGGACUGGAUGCGCAAGUACCGGGGAAACGCCGGCGUCUUACUCCUGCCCGCGCGCACCUCCCAGGUCUCCGCGAUCCUGCGCCACUGCAACGCGCGCGGGCUCGCGGUCGUGCCCCAGGGCGGCAACACCGGGCUCGUCGGCGGCGGCGUCCCGGUGCACGACGAGAUUGUCCUCGGGAUGCGACGCAUGAACGCGGUGCUGUCCGUGGACCCGGUCGCCGGGACGGUCGUGUGCGAGGCCGGAUGCGUCCUCGAGGACUUGGAGCACGCGCUCAACGCGCGCGGCAUGACGGCGCCGCUGGACCUGGGCGCCAAGGGCAGGUGCCAGAUCGGCGGCAACGUCAGCACCAACGCCGGCGGGCUCAGGCUCGUUCGGCACGGCUCGCUUCACGGCUCCGUGCUCGGCCUCGAGGUGGUCACCGCGGACGGCACCGUCCUGGACCUCGUCCGAACGCUGCGAAAGGACAACACCGGGUACGACCUCAAGCAGCUGUUCAUAGGCGCGGAGGGGACGCUGGGAGUGGUGACGAAGGUGGCGAUGCUCGCGCCGAGAAAGCCGACUGGAGUGGACGUCGCCGUCUGCGCCGUGGGUUCAUUCGCCGACGCCGUCGCCGCGCUUCGGGACGCGCGAACCAAACUCGGGGACUGUCUGCAGGCGUUCGAGUUCUUCGACCGCGCGAGCCUGGAGUUGGUGCUGUCGACGCUGCGGGGCGCGAGGGAUCCGCUGCCCAAGACGAAGGCGCCGUUUUACGUCGUGACAGAGACGGCGGUUUUUGGCGACGGUUCCGGCAAAGGGUCGGUGACUCACCGGGCUGCGAGACGCCGGGUUCGCGCGUGGGUUCGAUCGCUCCGGAAGCGCGGGGUGGCGAUCGACGGCGUGGUGGGCGAGGACGCGAAGCACGCGUCCGCGCUGUGGAACCUUCGCGAGCGCAUCUCCGUCGCGCUGAAACACGCCGGGGCGGUGUACAAGUACGACGUGUCGUUGCCGACGGAGCGGAUGUACGACCUCGUGGUGGAGACUCGUAAUAGGCUGGCGGCCUCCACGUCAGCAUCCACGUCAACAUCCACGUCGGCAUCCACGUCAGCAGCAUCCACGUCGUUCGACGCCUCGAAGGUGUCGGUGCUCGGGUACGGGCACCUCGGGGACGGUAACCUGCACCUGAACGUGUCCUCCCCGGAUGGAUAUCACCCGGGGCUGGAGGCGAUCCUCGAGCCCUUCGUGUACCAGUGGACCGCGGAGCAACGCGGGAGCAUAAGCGCGGAGCACGGCGUCGGUGCCAUGAAACCGCGCGAGUUGGCGCACAGCAAGGACGAGGCGUCGAUCGAGGCGAUGCGGCGGGUCAAGGAGGUGUUCGACCCGCGCGGUAUACUGAACCCGUACAAGGUGCUGCCGCCGCGAUUGACGGAGCACCGAUCGAAGCUCUGA